CGGGAGUAUAUGGCCCCACCCGUAGCUGGGGCUGCUCCAGGAGCUUCCAUGCGCAAUCUCCAAAAAUUUUUGCAGCAGGAGCCCUCGGAAUUCCCCCCAAAACAAAUUCACUUCCGGCCGUGAACUCCCGCUUAGCGUCAUCAAGUUCUUGUCUUGUUCACUACCAACCUUAUUAUAGAUUCCGUCAAACCGGAUCAACAACAAGCUUGCUAAACAGUCACUCCUUCCUAAAUUCCGUGCUCCGACAUCUUUUUGAUUCCCUUUCAGUUUUGACCGACGAUUUCAUAGAGGAGCUCAGGAGCGACUUUCAUCCAGCGAGAACUCGCCGAACAACAUUUCCUCGCCGCGAAAAACAUACCUAAUUCUACAGCUCGCCCCCCGCCACGAUAAGAACAUUGGGCGUAAGCGCGCACACACGACACAUUCAUAGACUCUGACAGCAUCAAUAAAAACGCGAGAAACUUGCCGAAGGAGCUGCCUACGGCUCAUCGAUCCCGAAGCACGCGAUGAUUGUCUAAGAAACGCCAUCCAAACAUGGCAUUCAACUUCAACUGGUCGCCGCUGACGGCCGACGCGAGCUUCUACAAGCGCGCGCGAGACCUGCUCACGACUGCUUUGAACAAAUCCCCGAAACCUCCGAUAAUUGUCGAUGACAUCCUCGUUACCGAAUUCAACCUGGGCUCCGUGCCUCCGGAGCUCGAGAUCCUCGAGAUUGGCGAUCUGGCAGAGGAUCGAUUUAGGGGCAUCUUUAAGAUGACAUAUUCUGGAGAUGCCUUUCUGACGCUGAAGACAAGAGUCCAAGCAAAUCCCCUCAACACAUAUCUCUAUUCAAAGCCAAGUUUCACAUCACCAGAGCCGCUUGCAGCAGCUUCGGGCCUGACAAUACCUCUGCAAAUAACAUUGUCAGAGAUCAAGCUCUCAGCUUUCAUCAUCCUGGUGUUUUCAAAACAAAAGGGACUUACCCUGGUUUUCCGCAAUGACCCUCUAGAGUCUCUCAAGGUCUCGUCGACGUUCGACUCGAUUCAGUUCGUUCGAGAUUAUCUACAGAGGACUAUUGAAGGGAAGCUUAGAAACUUGAUGAUGGACGAGCUACCAGCAAUCAUUCACAAGUUGUCACUGCAGCUUUGGUGCCCCGAACAAAUGUCCAAAGAGGACCACGAAAAGACGAACGAAUUGGAUGAGCAAGCUGUUAACCCUUUCGCCAGCCCGCCACUCGAUGCUGUGGAUGCCCACGGAAAUCUGUUGGAUCCCAUAGACAUCUCGAGCAUAGCUGUCAAUGGUGGAGCUGAGUUGCAGUCUCUAUUCUCCCAGAAGAACUUGUUUCGUCUUGGAAACCUGGUCAACACUCAGCUUACCUCAUCACUCUUCACACCCUCGGUUCCUGAAGUCAUCUUCAGGGCGAAAGCUGGCCCGGUUGACAAGGCCGAGGCAGGCAGCACUACGCCUUUGACUACGCCGAGCUUGGUCAAAUCACACUCCUUCCAUGGCACAUCAACAGUCUACACAUUCUCGGAUACGAGUAGUCAAAACAAUGGACAACUUCCGUCUCGACCGUCUCUUGUUAGCCUGGGAUCUGCCACUACCGGUCUCGGCCUUGCCGCCAGCAGAAACGCAAAGCCUUAUGCAAACAGGAAAAAGAAGACACGGGUCGUUAAUCUUCGGCGCAAGACUGACACGGCUGCUAGUAGUGAGAUGGGUGACACGAUGUCUGAUUCUGCCUCAGUACAGGCUUCCGAGUCGAAUACCAUGUCGGAAUCCAUCCCUGAGGACCCUGAAGAGCAGUCUGACCUGUCAAUGUCUGGCUCGAGUCGGGUUCGGUUCGGCCUGGGCGGGGAGAGAACCACGCUACCGCAACGUCCGGCUUUGCGUCGUGACCUUUUCAACCCUGAUGAGGCGACGGCACCUUCCGAGACUGCGCAGCCUCAAGUUACACGAUCAACGCCAGAAAAGGAGACGACGGCACCUGCGCGGUCAUCAGAAAAUGAUAAACGCGGUGACUCAAAACGUCGAGGGCCGCGCUCCGAAACCCCUUCAGUUAUUUUAGAACAAGCCUGGAUCAUGAAGAUGGCUGGUGAGAUUGCCAAGCGAGUCUACGACGAGAAGCAGCGUAACCCCAGCUUCUGGGACGAGAGGGAAGAUUCCCCUCCACCUGCGUACGAGGCGCAGCCCACAACGGCAGCCUCAUAAACUGUGCUGAUCCGGCACACAAACAACACAAUUUGCACAACAUUGUCCAUACACGGGGCAUCUCCUAUGUACUUUUUUCUAUGUCUUUGUUUUUUCAACCCUAAUGGCAAAAGGAAACGGAUGGAUGGCGUCUUGAAUUUUCAGCUGAGAGCAUGGCGGGACCAUAUGAUGAUACCCACCAUAUGAGAUCCAGAUCGUGCUCCCAACAUUACUCGUAAUCCAGUAAUGUUUUGUUUUUACUAAGGGAUUUUUGCGGCGUUUUCUUAUACAAGGGCCAUACAAGGGUAUUAAAGGGGUUCGGUUGGCUUAUCUAAAAGAAAUGGGCGAUCUGUUGAGCGAUUUUGUCAUUUUUUGGGGGUCUUGCAUUGGGCGCGCGGAUGAAAACCGGAAUCUUGUUAACUGACGCCCGCCGUCCAGAGUCUGGACACCAGAGUAUAUACUACUCGCUCACACGCUCGUUUGCACAAACACACACAAAAACACACACACACUCUCUCUUUUUCUCUCUCACUCUCACAUUAUCAGUCUCUGUCUCAUGUAUAUCUACAGAAAUUUCCUUUGUUUUAAAACCCUCGAGGGGUGAUCCUGAGGGGAUGAGUGUACACUAGACCUGUACUUCAUCUUGGCUCGGCGGAAGGUCAAGUCGAGGUCGCGUGGCCGGCGAGAACGUCCAGCACGCUCGGUUGGAAGCUUGAAAGAAGAGAAUAAACUCCUAUC